GAAACUAAUCCAAAUGACAAAGAAGGGACAAACCCACCAGACAUUAACUAACCCAUAUCAAUUCUUCCUUCCAGAGUUGUAGGAGUACUUCAGCUAAAGAGAAAACAAUCUCCUAUUUGGGAUCUGAAAAGAUGACACAAGUUAGGAGUUUUACGCUACGUUGGAUCUUUGUGCUGUUUGUAACAUAUUGUGCGGACUUGUCCUCUGUUCAGUGCCAACAUCCAGAUUAUAAGCGUCCGGAGGAGCUGAGACUGAUCCUUGUUGGAAAAACCGGCUCAGGAAAGAGCGCAAGUGCAAACACCAUUUUGGGACGUAAGGACGCCUUUAAAGAAGACAUCUCCCCUGGAUCUGUGACAGAGCACUGCCAGAGAGAGCAGGUGACCAGAGACGGACAAACCAUCGUCGUGGUCGACAGCCCGGGCCUUUUCGACACAAACCAAACGGCAAAGGUCAUAGGAGAAAAAAUAAAGGAGUGUGUCGAGAAGUCCGUUCCGGGGCCACAUGCGAUUCUGCUGGUGAUCAGUCUGAAGGCCAGAUUCACUGAGGAAGAGCGCAGUGCUGUAGAGUGGAUUAAGACCAACUUUGGCUCAGAUUCUUCCAUGUACAUCAUCCUUCUGUUCACCCAUGGAGAUAUGCUGGAAGGGAAAACAGUGGAGCAGUUUGUUAGCGAAAGUGCAGAUUUACAGAGGGUCCUCAACAAUUGUGGGGGGAGAUAUUUUAAACUGAUCAACGGCCCGGGGAGUGACCCCAAGCAGGUUCAAAAGCUUUUACACAAGGUUGAGGAAAUGUUGAAGCGCAAUGGAGGGAAGCAUUAUACCAAUAGCAUGUACAAGGAAGCUCAGAGGAAACUUGAAGAGGAAGAAAUUAGGAAAAAAGCAGAAAAAGAGAAGAAAGAACAAGAGGAAAGGAUGAGGGAGAGAGAACAAGAGGAAAAGAGGAAGGCAAAAGCAGACGAAGAGAAUUUUCGACGAUUAAUGUGCAAGGCAGCCUAUUAUACGGCUUUUGGAACAUUGGCUGGAGGUAUAUUGAUGUCCUCAAUUCCCUUAGCAGUUGUGGCUACAGUAAUAGGAUCUGCUGCUGGUUAUGAAUGUGCUCUUCACGACUUUUUUGGAUAGGCUACAUGAAGGGGGAUUCUAGGACGACACAUUAUGCAUACAGUGCCUUGCAAAAGGGUUCAACCCCCCCUGCAAAAUUACUAAUGUUACUGGAGAACAAUUAAUGCAUUCAUAUUUUUCUAUAUAUCAUAUUUGCAUUUACAAAAAUAAUAAUUUUAAUGAAUGCCUAUUAAGUACAGUAACAUGGGUUUUACACACACAAAAUAUGUUUCAAAAGUGAAAGUGAAGGAUGGAAUUGCUUCGGCUUCUCCUUGGAAUACCUUGCUACUGCAGUUAUAAUUUUUUUGGCUUGCAUUUUCUGGUCCAUAUUUUGACCUCUUGAAAAAUUAGUAAUGAAUUUUGUAUUUCUUAAUAUCAGCAACUUGAAUUUUUGUAUCUGAUUUAAUGACCAUUGACACAAAAAUCAUCGAAUCAUCAAUACAAAAAUAAGAAUCAUACAGUACAGAUAUUGUCCAAACAUGCUCUCCCUCCAAUCUGCGCACCGAGAAGCAACAGGUAAAGGAUAACUUUCUCAGACAGUAAACAAGUGUAGUGGCUGCUAUGAAAAAAAAGUGCAUAGGUUACAUUAUCUGAAUAAAUCCUUUAUUACUAAUACUAAAAUACUGACGAGGGACUGUAAUUUAGAACAAAAGGCAGACAACUUGACCCUAAACAAAAGGACGGGGAAGUAGUGACUUCCCCGUCAUAAAUAAAACACAGAUGGACUGAUGUGUGAGAUAUUUAAGAACAGCGUAUGUCAACGAUGUACAAUUGACAUAAAUGGAUGAGUCUAUGACUCUGUGUUGUUAAGGAGAGUAUAUGGUGACAUGCAUGCAAGUAUGGCCAACACAAGAGCGAGUCACAGUAAUAAUUACCAAAUUGUCCCAUCGUUUCUGUCAGAACAAAGUUUCCUCUUAGAACUGCGCCAUGCCUCCUCUCCCCAACAACCCAUUACUGGUCAUAGCCGGUCGGCCAUUCAAUAAUUUAUUCAUGCUGAAUUACAUAAUUGGAUGUUUGCUGUUUUUUAGGUUUGUGACAGCCACGGAUACUGGAAUCCUUCAUCAGCAUUGGAUGUAUUGAUCAAUGAGUUUCAAGAGAAAUCCUCAAAAAUGAAUGAAAUAUGAAUUGCUCACCCUAGCUUUAAUCCAUUAAUUGAAUGUUAUUAUAGGAUUAAGAUUAGUAAUAGUGAUGGCAAAAUAAGUUUCUGAUUAAAGAGGUUUUGCUGAAAUCCUUUAAAUUCUUUCAUU